CAGUGCAGCAUUUCCCGGUUCAGAGCCAGAGCAGCUCUGAGGCUGCGCGAGAAAAGUUCUGAUAGUGGAUUUAUAGAGCAGUGGUAAUCUCAGGCAGUAAAUCAGUGCAUCUCAGCUCGCACAAAAACACAGAGGAGCUCAGUUCUCAGCUCAAAGGCUCACGAGCGUUGAGGCGAACUAAGCAAGGAGAAGAAACUCGGAGAUCUGAUGGAGGGCAGGCCGCACCCGAGAGUUGUCCACAGGAGGAGGGAGACGAUCACAGCUUUGCCUCUGUACCACUGUGGAAACCUGCUGAAGAAAAACCUCAAAGAGAAGGAUUUCAGGAACUUCUACGGAGAGCUCAGAGGAACAACACUGUUUCUGUACAACAGUGAUACACAAGACACAUAUUCAGAAAGGCUGGACCUGGGGCUGGUAAAGUCCAUGGACAUGGAGUCUCCUUAUAAAAAAAAAGUGCCAACCAUUUUCACCCUAAGCUUGCCCCUGGAGGAGGUGCAGCUAAAGAUGGAUAAUGCUGACACAGGAGAGGAAUGGAGAGGCUUCAUUAUGACUCUGGUUAAUAAAGAGAUUCCCUCAGACCUUCAGAUGCUGCCUGGUCAGAAAAUUAAGCUGGAGGAGAUGCUGACUCUAGAAAAGAAAAGAAACCCCCAGCUGGAGCGCCCUGCUCUUCCACCCCGACCGGGCUUCCUGCAGACUAAAGAUACUCCUGACAUGCCUGCUUGUUUCUUCGAUGUGACCCGACACGAGGCUGAAAAGCUGCUCAGUGAGAACCCGGAAAACGGAAACAUCAUCCUCCGCCCGUCCACCCUGCCCAAGAACUACGCCCUGACGCUCAGACAGAAGACAGACAGAGGGCAUGUCCUGAAGAACUACAGGGUGACCUCCACGAGCGCCGGCUUUGUGAUCGAACUCGAGACUCCAAUGACAGUCCGCUCGCUGAACGAUGUACUGAAGUACUUCCUGGAGAAGACAGAGUACCGCCUGCGUCCCUACAUUGUAGCUCAACCCUACGAUACUCGGAUUGUAAUGGCUCCUCCCCCAAAAUGUGUCAACACGCCUCCACCUGUAGUCCCCAAAGCUCAGGUGGCCCCCAUGCAGCGAUUCCAGGCCAAAGACAAGCGUCUUCCUCCCGUUCCCAAGCCUGACGAGGGAGAAUACGUGUUACCGGAAGAUCCCGACAUGGACGAUCAUAUGAAAAAGAAAGCUCAGGUGGCUGGUGAGCUUGAGGCAAUUUUGCAGAAGAGAAGAGGAAACCUCUACGUGGAAAGUGGAAAGGACGAAGACUCCACCUACGAGAAUGAAGAAGGUGAAAAAUUCAAAUCAAAGGUCCAGUGGACAACCAACGUCCCCAUGCCAUGAACUUUUACUGCCUGCCUAAUAUGUGGCUCAAAGAUUACAUGUUUUACUGAGUUCUGCCACCACAAUCCAUUUUUUUAUGGGGAUAUUUAACGUGCACAAAAGUUAAAUCAAAAAUAUUUGAGUUCUCAGUUAAUUACAAUUUUUUUUUCAAGUUAGGGAAGUUUGGUCAAACACUAUAGAUAUCUCUAAAUCACACCUGUAAUCCACAGAUCAGUCAGAAAACCAGUGAAGGAGUAACAAUAUUUGCUAAAAAAAUAAAGUUGGUGCUUCUGAGGUUUUUUGAUAGAAACUUUAACUUCACACAAAACUGAGAAAGACUGCAUUWAUGUUUUAUUGUGAUCAGAAGGUUUUGCACGAGUCAGAGGAAGAAAAUGUUUGUUUCAGAAGCAUGUGUUAAUAUUCAACUUCUUUGUUGUACUUUGUCUGAAUAUGAUGCCGUUUCAUUAAGAAAAACCUUCUUGUGUCAAAAUGACUAGAAAACUGACAAGCUAACUGUAGAAGUCUGAAAUAACAAAAAAGUUACUUUAAAAAAUCUCAAUCUAAGGUUUAAGGAAUGUACAUUUUUAAACUUAUUGUGUUUUGCACCACCAGGCCUCCAUACUUUUGUAGCUUUAUGGUAAAAAGUAUUUUCUGAAAUGGUUCCAUUAUGUCAUGAAGGGAUUGUCGGCUAGCAGUACCUUCGCCGAGCUCAAGACUAUCCAGACUCUUCUGUGUCGUUCCACGGUGGUGGAAUGAGCUACGAACCGCGACCAGAACACGGGCGACCCCAACUUCAACAAAUCCUAGCGAACCCAGAGAGAAUCUCCCCCUCCGCUACACUUUCUCUUUCUACAAUCACAUCUGACAGAACCUGCCUGGUGCUCUUUCCUUCACCAUAUAUAUAUAUACAUAUUUAUACAAUUCCUAGCCUACUGUUAGAUCAUCACCGUUAGUUGGCUACUAGCCUGCUAGCAGUAGCCUACUACYGUUAGGUUUGAUAUUAGCUGCAUUAUUUUAUAUCCUCAUUUGGCGAUUUCUCCCAAUGCAGUUAUAUAAAAUGUUAUUUUGUUUCACAACUCACUGUUGACACUACCAUAAAAGAGAGRGAGAAAAGAGACAUUUUCACGUGACAAUAAUUUGCCAAAACCAUCUUAUUGUGAACAUCGGCAGAUUUUCUGUUUAGAAAGCUGGUAAACUUUCAGUUUUGGCUAAAUGUUUUUUUGUUAUUGUAACCAUGUCCAAUGUAAAAAAAAUAUAUAACAUAAUGAUGUAAACAUGUAAAAUAUUUUAAUGCAAGUUSAAGACAGUAAUAAUCCAAGAUUAUCUUUAUUUUUAUUUUUCCACACUUAGGAGUAAUCCAACAUAAAUGCUUAGAAGGUUGUUUUAUUUUUCCAUUAUGUUUUGCUGUUUUGUUUUUUUGUCAGUGUAGUGGAUCAUAUAAGCUUAAGGAUCAUUCAUCACUCAAAAACAGCAAGACUGUGAAAAAUAUUCAAUAAAAAAAAAGAAGCUCCCUUUUUGUCGUCUCCUUCGCUUAAAGUGUACAGUAUUUUAUUCAAAGUGACCCAUUUCGCAUUUCCUACAUCAGUUCCUUUCAGUCUGUGCAUGUUAGCAGCCUUCA